AUGGAGACACGGAGCUGUGGAGUCCGACACAUGUGCACCUUGACCCUGCUGCUGGCCUCCGUGUGUCCGCUGUGCUGCAGAGCCAGCUGGGUGUGGAUGGGCGUGGCCCCAGCAGGGCUCCCGGAGCAGUUGGGUUGUGGUUCGCUGCCUCUUAGCCUGCGGCAGCGUGAACUCUGCAGGAAGAAGCCGUUCCUGCUGCCGAGCCUCCAGGACGGAGCGCGGCUGGCGGUCAGCGAGUGUCAGAACCAGUUCAGACACGAGAGGUGGAACUGCUCCACUAGCGACCGGCCGGCCGUGUUCGGACACGAGCUAACGAGCGGAACUAAAGAAACCGCGUUCCUGUACGCAGUGAAGGCGGCGGGGCUGGUCCACGCCGUCACGCGCUCCUGCAGCCAGGGCAACCUGACUGAGUGCGGCUGUGACGCCCGGCGGCGCGGUGGCACGGCGGUGGAGGGCUGGCACUGGGGUGGCUGCUCAGACCACAUCCAGUACGGAACCUGGUUCAGCAGGAAGUUCAUCGACGGCGUUGCCAAAAACACGUCGACGGCUCGAGGAGGAUACACGCUGCUCACCAUGAACCAGCACAACAGCGAGGCCGGACGACUGGCCAUCGACCAGACGAUGUCCACAGACUGUCGUUGUCAUGGCGUCUCCGGCUCCUGUGCGGUGAAGACGUGUUGGAGGACGAUGGCGGCGUUCGAGCGUGUCGGCGAGUAUCUGAAGGAGCGGUACGAGCACAGCGUGCAGGUGUCGGACAGAUCCAGGAGAAAGUCGAGGAGGAAGGAGCAGCGCCGCCUCCCCGUCGACAAACACCAGCUCAUCUUCAUCAACAAGUCUCCCAACUACUGUCUGGAGGACCGGCGCAUCGGCGUGUUCGGCACCAGGGGGCGCCGCUGCAACCGGACGUCCAGCGGCUCCGACGGCUGCAACCUGCUGUGCUGCGGCCGCGGAUACAACACGCACCUGGUCAGACACGUCCAACGCUGCGAGUGCAAGUUCAUCUGGUGCUGCUACGUCCGCUGCAGGCGCUGCGAGAGCAUGAACGACAUGCACACCUGCAAAUAA